CCCAGGCGCCGCGCGUAACCAGGGCGUUGCUACUACUAAAGGGGCCACUUUUUAAGCUUCAAGUUUCUUUGACGGGACUUUGCUGUUAACGUUGAGGUCUCUCUGUCUGUCUCUCUCUCUCUCGCUCACACACGACUCGAUUGUCCAGAAUCUGCACAUAUCUCCAACUUGAAAAGUCGUCAAAAUGAUCGUCUUGUUGGCGGGCAUCAUUGUGCUUCAUCUGAGCGUCCUGGUUUUGCUGCUCAUUUCUACCAUUGUCAAUUCCUGGUGGUAUUACGGCGAAUCCAAUAGUUUGGAUAUCUGGCAGAAUUGUACAUGGGUCGAUUCCUGGAACUGCCAGCAAUAUACUACGAACGAAUGGCUGCAAGCUGUUCAGGCGAUGAUGAUCUUGUCCAUCAUCUUCUGCUUCCUGUCGGUGAUUCUGUUUUUCUGCCAGCUAUUUGCACUUCAGAAAGGAGGUCGCUUUUACAUCACUGGAGUCUUUCAGCUGCUGGCAGGCAUUUGUGUAAUGAGUGGAGCUGCGAUAUACACGGUGCAAUACCCGCACAUCCACGGGGAACGCUAUGAUGGGAGCUAUGGAUUUUCCUACAUCUUGGCAUGGAUUGCCUUUCCCUUGGCUCUUUGCAGUGGAAUUAUCUACAUCAUUCUAAGAAAACGUGAAUGAGCUACCAUAGAUCACCACAAUCCGUAUGAUGCCAUCUUUAGAGGAAUAAAAGAAACAUUACUGUUUUAAUUUGAAGAUGUAUAUAGUAUCUAUGGUUUAAAACCUAUUUAUAACACUUUUUACAUAUAUGUACAUAGUAUUGUUUGCUUUUUUGACAGAAGCUGUGUUUUGCAAGCUAAUUAAGUGCCUACAGAACAUUCAUUUUUAACAGUUUACGAUUAAAAAAAUAUUUUGCUGAAGCCAAAUUCUGCAACAAAAUUUUAUUUUGAAUAGAAUAUGUUAACCAAAGCGCAUGUAAAAUUAUAGCUAGUAAGCUGUUUUUUAAUAAAAGUGCAGCUUGUAUAAAUACAUUGCUAAUAGCUGACAAGUUUGAAUAGUUUACUCAUGUAGAUACAGAACUUAAAAUUUUCAAUGGUGCUAUGUAUUUACCAUUCCUUGUCAUAAACUUUAGCCAUCUCACUGGAGAAAUACUAUUUACAAGAAGGUAAAAUAAAUGCUUUAAUCCGACAGGAUUUACUUUGUCUAACUA